CAUCAAUAGUUUGAUUUCUGGAAAUGGGUGACAGCUGUUUUCCAAAGAUGCCUACAACGUUUGAAAUGUGUUCACUGGCUCAAAAGAGUUGCCAGCUUCUCUGUUAUCCUUCCUUACUGCAACCCUGUCCUAAUCACGUUGAAGCCAAAACAAUAAAUUGUGAAGUUUCAUUUCUAGAUGGACGGAUUACUUGCCUCUUGGAAAAAGAAUGCCUGGAACACGCUUUAUUGCCUUUAAAGUUCCCCUUAAGAAGAGUUUUGAAUGGAGGCUUGCCCCAGAUAAGCGUUUUUCUCCCUUAGACCUUAUCACUCAAGUGAAAGAGCAGAAAGAGGAACUUGGUUUGAUCAUUGAUUUAACAUACACAACACGCUAUUAUGAGCCAAUGGAACUACCAGAUACACUGCAAUAUUGUAAAAUUUUAACAGUUGGACAUGAAGUACCUAAUAAUGCUACAGUUUCUAAAUUCAAAAGUGCUGUAAAAAAAUUCCUCAAAGAAAACCAGCAUAAUGACAAACUUAUUGGAGUCCACUGUACACAUGGCUUGAAUCGAACAGGAUACCUUGUUUGCAGGUAUCUUAUUGAUGUUGAAGGAAUGGAUCCAAACAGGGCAGUAGAGUUAUUUAACAGAUGCAGGGGACAUUCUAUAGAGAGGAAGAACUAUAUUUCUGCUCUUCAGGAAACAUCUGGAAAAAGGAACCGUCAUAUGGCUGUUUCACAAUGUGACUGGAUGAAACGGCAUGUUGGUCAUACCCCAAGUGCUGAUUCUGGAGUUGUUGAAUACAGACCACAAAACUGGGAACACACAUCAAGGCAUCUUCCAUUAAGGAGAGGUGGACGAAACCAACACAGGAAACGUUCUCAGACUUGGAACCAGAAUCUCGUCACCUGUUACAAUGGAGGGAACCAAGCUUACAGCCCACAACAUCACCCUGCAGCCAACAUCAUCCAUCGAAGAUCAGGUCAUAAUGCCAGGCCUGGCAAUGGGCUAUUCUUCUCUUCCCAGCAACAAUUUCAAGGAUGUCAAAGACCCUGUUUUCAAAUACAAAAUCCUCACUGCUCCCUGCAACAACAUAGAAAUCAAUUAGACAAGCAACACUAUUGGAGCCCUUAGUUAUGAAAAAGUAAUUGGCAGGAAAAUAUAAUCUAAUUGUGGAAUUCAUCCUUAAAUUAAAUUACACCAUUGCUGUUUGGACAGAAUGCUUCCUGAGUUGCAUCCAAUUCUACUGGUGCUGCCUCAUCGUUUAGUUGACUUUUUGGAAGGAUGGAAAAAAAAAAAGAAGCUAACUGGAAACCUGCUAAUAAACAAUUGUAUCACUUCCAAUAGAAGAAUUCUGUUAAUAAAGGAAAGAAUAUUCAAUUGAUUAAUUCACCAAAAAUAUUUUUUAUGUCAUUUUGAAGAAAAGGAUUAGACUUCCUUUUAAGACAAAUGCUUAUAUAUUGAUCUUUAGCUAUUAAAUUUAUUGUUCUUCAUACAGUUAAUAUGGUAGUAAAAAGUCUUCACAAGGAAA